AUGCUGGAUAAAGUGGAGAGCACCUUGAUGCUCAUAGCAGCUGGAGAAUUUGCAAUGGGGAUUUUAGGGAAUGCAUUCAUUGGAUUGGUAAACUGCAUGAACUGGAUCAAGAAUAGGAAGAUUGCCUCCAUUGACUUAAUCCUCACAAGUCUGGCCAUAUCCAGAAUUUGUCUAUUAUGUAUCAUACUAUUAGACUAUUUUAUACUGGGGCUGUAUCCAGAUGUCUAUACUACCGGUAAAAAAAUGAGAAUCAUUGACUUCUUCUGGACGCUCACCAACCAUCUAAAUGUCUGGUUUGCCACCUGCCUCAGCAUUUUCUAUUUCCUCAAGAUCGCGAAUUUCUUCCAUCCCCUUUUCCUCUGGAUGAAGUGGAAAAUUGACAGUGCGAUUCCUAGGAUCCUGCUGGGAUGCUUGGCCUUCUCUGUGUUCAUUAGCCUUGUUGUCUCUGAGAAUCUGAAUGAUGAUUUCAGGUCUUGUGUUAAGGUAAAGAAGAAAACAAACAUAACUGUGAAAUGCAGAGUAAAUAAAGCCCAAUAUGCUUCCGUCAAGAUUUGCCUCAACCUGUUGACGCUAUUCCCCUUUUCCGUGUCCGUGAUCUCAUUUCUCCUCUUGCUCCUCUCCCUGUGGAGACAUACCAGGCAGAUGAAGGUCAGUGCCACGGGGUGCAGGGACCCCAGCAUAGAAGCCCAUGUGGGAGCCAUGAAAGCUGUCAUCUCCUUCCUCCUCCUUUUCAUUGCUUACUAUUUGGCUUUUCUCGUAGCCACCUCCAGCUACUUUAUGCCAGAGACUGAAUUAGCUGUGAUGAUUGGUGAGUUGAUAGCUCUCAUCUAUCCAAGCCAUUCAUUGAUUCUAAUUCUGGGGAACAAUAAAUUACGGCAGGCGUCUCUAAGGGUGCUGUGGAAAGUAAAGUGUAUCCUAAAAAGAAGAAAUCACUAA